ACGCUGUCUGGGCCGGGAGGGUGGAGGUUACGGUCGGGGAGAAGCCCCCUGGUGCGGUCCUCCGGAAGCCUGCGAAGGAGGGUAGUGUCCACUCCCCCGAGUCUGUCACGAUGCCCAGCGCCAGCGCCGGCCGCAAGAAUCAGGAGAAGCCGCGGGAGAUCAUGGACGCGGCGGAAGAUUAUGCUAAAGAGAGAUAUGGAAUAUCUUCAAUGAUACAAUCACAAGAAAAGCCAGAUCGAGUUUUAGUCCGGGUGAGAGAUUUGACAAUACAAAAAGCUGAUGAAAUUGUCUGGGUACGUGCAAGAGUACAUACAAGCAGAGCGAAAGGGAAGCAGUGCUUCUUAGUCCUACGUCAGCAACAAUUUAAUGUCCAGGCUCUUGUGGCGGUGGGAGACCAUGCAAGCAAGCAGAUGGUUAAAUUUGCUGCCAACAUCAACAAAGAAAGCAUCGUAGAUGUAGAAGGUGUUGUGAGAAAAGUGAAUCAGAAAAUUGGAAGCUGUACACAGCAAGAUGUUGAGUUACAUGUUCAGAAGAUUUAUGUCAUCAGUUUGGCUGAACCUCGCUUGCCCCUGCAGCUGGAUGAUGCCAUUCGGCCUGAGGUGGAAGGAGAAGAAGAAGGAAGAGCUACUGUUAAUCAGGAUACAAGAUUAGACAACAGAGUCAUUGAUCUUAGGACAUCAACCAGUCAGGCAGUCUUCCGUCUCCAAUCUGGCAUCUGCCAUCUCUUCCGAGAAACAUUAAUUAACAAGGGUUUUGUGGAAAUCCAAACUCCUAAAAUUAUUUCGGCUGCCAGUGAAGGAGGAGCCAAUGUAUUUACUGUGUCAUAUUUUAAAAAUAAUGCAUACUUAGCUCAGUCUCCACAACUAUAUAAGCAAAUGUGCAUUUGUGCUGAUUUUGAGAAGGUUUUCUGCAUUGGACCAGUUUUCCGAGCUGAAGACUCUAAUACCCACAGACAUUUAACCGAAUUUGUUGGUUUGGACAUUGAAAUGGCUUUUAAUUAUCAUUACCAUGAAGUUCUGGAAGAAAUCGCUGACACCUUGGUACAAAUAUUCAAAGGACUUCAAGAAAGGUUUCAGACUGAAAUUCAAACGGUGAAUAAACAGUUCCCAUGUGAACCAUUCAAAUUUUUGGAGCCAACUUUAAGACUGGAAUAUUGUGAAGCAUUGGCUAUGCUUAGAGAAGCUGGAGUUGAAAUGGGAGAUGAAGAAGACUUAAGUACCCCAAAUGAAAAACUGUUGGGUCGUUUGGUAAAGGAAAAGUAUGAUACGGAUUUUUAUGUUCUUGAUAAAUAUCCAUUGGCUGUAAGACCUUUCUAUACCAUGCCUGACCCAAAUAAUCCUAAACAUUCAAACUCUUAUGAUAUGUUCAUGAGAGGAGAAGAAAUAUUGUCAGGAGCUCAGAGAAUACAUGAUUCCCAGCUACUGACAGAGAGAGCCUUGCAUCAUGGAAUUGAUUUGGAGAAAAUCAAGGCUUACAUUGAUUCCUUCCGCUUUGGAGCACCUCCUCAUGCUGGUGGAGGAAUUGGGCUGGAAAGAGUGACUAUGCUGUUCCUAGGGCUGCAUAAUGUGCGCCAGACAUCAAUGUUCCCUCGCGACCCCAAACGACUGACUCCUUAGAGAAGGCCUGCUUCGCUCAGGUGUACCUUGGGUACCCAAUAGAAUAAAUGUCUUACUAACAUGUCACCAUUACUUUUGGGUUAAUUUGAUAUGUUUAUUUAAAAGAGACUUUUAUAACUUUGGACAUGCUGCAAUAGGAAAUACUUGGACAUUUUAAUGAGAAAUUCAUACAGUAAUGUUAGAAAUUCAUAUCUCAUUACUUCAGUUAAUGUUAACAAGUUUUAAACAGUUAAGAUUCUGAAGUUUUUAUUUUCUACAUUAUGGUGGCCACAAUAUUGUCUUAAAUUUUCAAUACUUGAAGUUUUUAUUAAACUUUUAACGUUGACAUAAAAUGAUUGGAGAAAUGACUAAGCUUUUAACAAAUAUGUAGCUGAUAUGUAAUGGACAAGUUAGAAAGGAUCAAUUCUUAAAAGUUAUACCUAGAAAUCAUGUAAAGCAGAUGAAAAUCCUGCUAAAAAUAUGCAAAACAGUACUGUAUUGUUAAAUUCUAAACUUGAAUUUCAAUAAAAUUUUAAAGCUAA